CCGACUCUCUCAUAGUUCACCCACUAUUCUAUAUACAUAUAGCUAGCGUACAAGAAAACGAAAACCCUUCCACAUGUAAGAUAAUUUCACUAGGAUACAUCAAUAAAAGAUUAUAUAUAUAUUCUUUCAUUGAAAGUAAACAAACAAAAGAUAGAACUAGCUAGAAAGAUAUCAAAGAAAAAUAAUGAUGAGGAACAAGGUCGAAGCACGGAGCAUGGAGAUUUCCAUGGAAGAAGAAAGUUGUAAAUCGAAGAGGAAGAAGGUUCUAAACUUUCCAAAGAAGAUGAAGAAGAUUCUCAAGAAUCUAUGGAUUGUCGGAAAAGAAGAUCCGAGGAGAGUGAUACAUGCUUUGAAAGUAGGAAUCGCCUUAACACUCGUGUCAUUGUUGUAUCUCAUGGAACCUAUCUUCGAAGGUGUUGGAAAAAAUGCACUUUGGGCAGUCAUGACCGUCGUUGUCGUUCUUGAGUUCUCUGCCGGUGCAACAUUACGCAAAGGAUUAAAUAGAGGAUUAGGGACAAUAGUAGCAGGAUCUUUGGCAUUUUUCAUUGAGUGGGUUGCUAUUCAUUCCGGUAAAAUCCUCGGUGGUAUCUUCAUUGGCACCGCCGUUUUCAUCAUCGGAUCGAUGAUAACAUACAUGAGAUUUAUCCCGUAUAUAAAGAAAAACUACGAUUAUGGUAUGCUUGUGUUCCUUUUGACGUUUAAUCUAAUCACGGUAUCGAGCUACCGAGUCGAUACUGUGAUUAAGAUCGCACAUACGAGGUUAUAUACGAUUGGUAUAGGUAUCGCCAUUUGCCUCUUCAUGAGCCUUUUGGUUUUUCCGAUAUGGUCUGGCGAUGACCUUCAUAAAUCCACCGUUACUAAGAUCCAAGGCCUCUCUCGUUGUAUUGAAGCAUGUGUGAGUGAGUAUUUUGAGGAUAAGGAGAAAGACAAAGAAACAUCAGAUUCUGAAUCUGAUGAUGAAGAAUUAAUCUACAAUGGGUACAAGACUGUUUUGGAUUCUAAAUCCGCCGAUGCAGCACUCGCAAUGUAUGCAAGUUGGGAGCUAAGACACACAAGGCUUUGCCAUAGGUUUCCAUCUCAACAAUAUAUGAAAGUUGGAUCCGUCCUUCGCAAGUUUAGUUACACUGUUGUUGCUCUUCAUGGUUGCUUACAAACCGAGAUUCAGACUCCAAGGUCUAUACGUAUCCUCUUCAAAGAUCCUUGUGUUAGACUAGCCGGGGAAAUCUGCAAAGUCUUGUCUGAACUCUCCGAAAGCAUCCGAGACCGACGUCAUUGCUCGCCAGAGAUUCUCUCCGACAGUCUCGAAGCGGCACUAAAAGAUCUCAACACUACAAUCAAGUCACAGCCUAAGCUCUUUUUAGGCUCUAACCUCCACGGUGACAUCACCAACAAGCAUUUAAACGGCGACGUUUCAUAUUACAACGAUACUAACUCCAACGACAUCGUUUCGUAUCACCACGAUAAUAAGUCAAACGGCUGCGUUUUGGGACAGAAAAUAGAACAGAACGACACCGUAUCUCCGCUUCCACUAAGCGUCGUUUCACUCUCUAGCUUGAGAUCGGUGAAAAAAUCGGCGGCGGCGGUCGGAGAGAAGAGGAGAUUGAGUAAACAAGUGAGCAAAAUCGCGGUUAUGAAGAGUUUGGAGUUUUCGGAAGCGUUACCGUUUGCUGCGUUUGCUUCGCUUCUCGUGGAGAUGGUAGCGAGGCUUGAUACUGUGAUUGAUGAGGUUGAGGAACUGGGUACAAUCGCCUGUUUCAAGGAGUAUGAUAAGACUGUGGAUGUGCGAGUUGAGAAACCGGUUGAUCUAGUGGUUGGAGAUUGAAUUGAUCGUGUUACGAAUACGGUUUAUUUUGAUUUUGUUUGGUACGGUAAAGAUUGAUUUGGUUUCUCUCAGUUCUUUUAUGUGAUUCGGUUCUCUUUUGCGAUUGAUUUCGGGUUUUUUUUUUUCGAAAUUUUGUAAUAUGAGGUGGUAAUUGAAGAGUUACAUUGGUUAAGAAAAAAAAAUUGAACACGUU